AUGUCCCUGCUGCUGCUUCAGCUGUUAGUGCUCUCAUGUCUGGGAGUCGCAGAGCCACAGGGAGAUUCACCACAAAGGAAAAGCAGGCGGCCGUUCCAGCACCUCUUCUAUCUGCGCAAAAAUCUGCUGGAAAGUCAGAGUUUUCGUGAGGUGGCAGGGAAAAAGCCAGUAGGUGUUGAGGAAACCCUGGGACAACCAAGCUUUUUUGUAGCAAUUCCACAGACGGCAUCUGAAAGUGAGAGGCAAGAGGAGAAAAAAAUGUCCAGAUUCAUCCUUCCCAAUGCAGAACACCACGCAGACAAAGACCUGAGAACCUGGGCUACACCCAGAGAGAUCUCUCCCGUGGAAAACUUCUCUCCAUCCCACUAUUCCAGCAAGAGGGAGGCCGAACCUCUCUACAGAAAAGAUGCCAAGAAAUUUUGGGACCACUUCAUGUUAAAGAAAAAUUCAGCAUCUGAAGAGGUUGUCCUGCCAAUCAAGACCAAUGAAAUGCACCAAGAAAACUGCAGAACCCUGCCUUUUUCCCAGAGUGUUACUCAUGAGAGCUGCGAGAAGGUGAUGAUACAGAAUAACCUGUGUUUUGGAAAAUGUAGUUCCUUUCAUGUUCCUGGUCCAGAUGAUCGUCUUUAUACCUUUUGUUCUCAUUGCUUGCCCAGUAAGUUCUUCAUGAAGCGCUUGGAUCUCAACUGCACCAGUUCUGUCCCAGUGGUCAAAGAAGUCAUGAUAGUGGAAGAGUGUAAAUGUGAAACUCAGAAGAUUAAAGACUCUGUGACUGGAUCUCUACUGUCAGACUUGCAUGCAAAUGUACAUGAGCACAACUGA